AUGAACUGUCCCCCCACCAAGCGCCUCCGAGGCCGGGAUCGAGUGACAACGAUGGACUUUGAUGACCCGUUUGGAGAUGACGAAUGCUUCACCCAGGACGACUUGAAUGAGAUUGACAUCCUCGCCUCGCAGGCCAUCACCUCGGCCCCGGCACCUGGACCUGGGUCUACAGCAGGAACUAAACCGACGGAGCUGGCACGCGGGUCUGCAGGGCAGAGCAGAACUGUGGGCAGAGCCACAACCAAUCAGAGCAGAGAGAACACAUGGUUCGGCAGCAGCAACAAAGGGAAUUCUGGGAUACAAAGCAGAGACCCUAUCGGGAACAGGCUGCAGCGGUUUGGCUCAGAGAGCGCAGAGUCCAGCAGUCUGCUGGAGGCUCAGCAUGCAGAGCUAAAGAGGAAGCUGAAGGAGGUGGAGGAGGAGAUUAUGUUGAAGAGCGGGGAGAUCCGGGUCCUGCGGGACUCUCUUGGAGGGGCUCAGCAGGAGAAGGAGACCCAGAGGCAGAACCAGGUCCUGCUGGAGGCCCAGAAACAGAAAGAGCAUGAGAACAGGGAGAAGGAGCUCAAUAAGAAGGUUCAGUCUUUGCAGUCAGAGCUGCAGUUCAAAGAAGCAGAGAUGAACGAUGAGACCAAACUGCUCAGCUCAGACAAAAACAAGACGGCCUCUCCAUUGCUUAGAAACAGUCUUAAAGUGCUCACCCAGUUGCAUCAUGGGACAGGCGGCAGCACCUCCUCUCCAACAGCAAAUGGAUUCAUCACCAAGGAGAUGUUUGGAGCCCAUGUUCCAUCCAAAAUGACACCAGUGAAGACACGAAGAGACGCAGACAGAGGGUCAUCCAGCAGCAGAUCUGGUGACAGACAGGAAGUGUCUCGUCCAGACCCGUUCCUGUCCGUCAGACCUGCACACCUGCAGCACAGAGGAGGUGUCCUGCUGGGGUUGUUGCUGCAGCAGCCUCUCUCUCCCAGCAGCCUCGGCCUGUCUCACCUGCUGUCUAUGAGUCUGCCUGACAUCCACCUGACAUCCAGUGGGCUGUCUUCAGGUUUUCUGCUCCACUCUGCUCCUGCAGCCAGCAUUAAUGUUGGUGUAGGUGUAGCUCCCAGAGCUGCUCUGAGCCCGGUCCAGAGUCUGGCUGUAACGGGACUCAACAUGCUGAGCCAGAACCGACCGGCAGCUGCAGCGAGCAGCGGGAACAAAAGGUCGUGUCCUGGAGCUGUGCUCCUCCUCCCUCUGUUGGACCUCCACCUGUCUCGGCUCUGUCAGGCUCUGGACUCGCUCCGCUCCACCCCCGCUGUCAGCUCGCUCCCUGCAGGCAUUACAGCUGGACUGGGGAGACUGGAGGAGGCUGGUUCCACUGGUUUCAGCGUGGAGGACACUGGUUUGGCUGCUCUGAGGCUCCUCCACCUGCUGCUGGCCCACAGUGACAAGGUGGUGGAGGCUGUGCUGUCAAAGGAGAGUCAGAGCAAAGUUCCAGACAUAAAGACUGAACCCUCUACUGCAAGUGUGGGUUUGUGCUCCCAGAAUGUUUUGCUGCAGUCCCUAUUGCACCUGUGUGAAGCCGGGCAAAGCAGUGAAGGCGUCUCGCAGAAUGAGGAGCUUGUCCUCAAUGCCAUGAAGACUCUGUGCGUGCUUAUUGAGAGGACGCCACACACACAUGCUGACAGGUUGCAGUGUGUGUUGCAGGUGGUGUGUGUGUGUGUGUCAGCAGACUGCGGGUUGCAGACAGUGUCGGGGGGUGUGUCCGUCCUCACGUCCAUGUCCGACCAACACACACUGGCCCAGCAGCUCUGCUCUCAGCACGACCCGUGUAUUUUCCUGAAGUUGUUCCAGUUUAUCAGAACGAGACCGGACAACCAGGCAACACACACAGACUGGGUUCUGUUGGACCUGCAGGUGGUUCGUUUGCUGAGCCGACUGAUGACCCAGAGAGCAGACAGCUGGACUAACAACCAGCACACUACCUGUCAAUGUGACACUGAGUUGGUGCAGACUGUGGUGAUUGUUUUCCAUCGUCAGUGGUUGGAUCUUCGCGGUUCAACAGGCGUGGCCCCGCCCCCACCAGAGUGCCCCGCCCGCUUGUUACCAUGGUGGCGCGGCCCUGCUGCUUCCCUGCUCAGAGAGUGUCUGCUGCUGCUGCACUGGCUGCUGCUGCAUCACGGCAGCUUCUCAGAGAGCUGCAGGCCACUGCUGCACAUGUACGACCAGGUGAUCCCCGCCGUACGAGACACGCUGAGGAGGAUCCCCGAGCUGAGCGAGAGCGAGGAGCUGGCGCUGGAGGAGAUCUGCCGCUCGGAGGGUGACGACACAGAUGACAUGGACACUGAACCUGGCUCCUGAUUGGCUGCUGCCAUCGAAGAGGGACACUUUACUGAGUGUUGAUUGGAUUUUUUCAGAUGGAGACGAGGAAAUAACAGAGUAAAGUGGGUGUUGGAAAUUAGAUGAAGGACUACAGAAAAUUCAGAGAUCUCACUGUAUUGAUGGAAGCUCAAAUGGAUGUCUUCUGCUGUCCGAUGAGAUUUAACAAUAAAAGAAGAAGGUGAGAAAAACUGCACAGUAUGAUA